AGUUACUCAUCACAGGAGGUAGCGUGGUUCGGCGUUUGCUAGCGUGGGCUGUAUUGUUUCCCAGAGAAGGGAAUUUUAGAAAAAAAUUUGUGCUACUUUGGUUAAAUUAUUCUGUGGCCAACCUCAUGAUGCGGUGGUUCUGAACUGGAUAUAGAUUUUGUUCAAUUUAAAGCUUUUGCUGAGUUACCAUGGUAGAUGUCCUCAUCAACUGUCUUCUGAAGAAUAAAGAAAUUGUUGAAGAACUUGCGUCAAGCGCCCCUUCAGACUCAGAUCGAGUCCUUGAUAUGCUCGAUGGCGAAGAGAGUUGGAGAGCGUUCUAUGACCACCCUUUAACCGCUGCCACAACUGCCAUGUUGAAUAUCGGAGGUUCAGGAUCCGAGGAACAGAACUCUGCUAUGGGACUUCUAUGUGAAUAUUACAAACUGCCCCUGGAGAAAAUGGAUAAAGCUAUUGUGGAUAAAUAUGGAGCCCUACCCGACUUUUGGAC